CUCUCAAGUCUCUUAUUUUACCCUUUUUUUUAAUCUUUGCAUAGCAAUCUUGAACUCAUCACUUCCUUUUUUGGCUGCAUUGGUGCCCCUGACCUGACCCUAAGCUCUUUGUAGCUUCUCAAGCUGAGUGAGACCGGCCCUCUUUGUUUUUUGACUUGGGUUUAGGAUUUAAAACUCUAAUCUUCUCUUUUUAGUCUCGUUUAAGCUGCUUUGCUUGCAACGCAUUUGCUGGCUGCUGUUUGUGUGCUUGAUAGAGAGGAUAGUUUGGAUAAAGUUUGUGUCUUGUGGGAGAUUUUUAAGCAAAGGUAAAAAUGUUGAUAGAAACCAUGAAGUUGAGAUUUUGAGCUCUUUUGGGGGCUAUUUAUGGUCAUUAUGUCUGUUAGUAAUGAUGUUUUUGUGGCUUGGGAGGAGCACAUUAUAUGCCAUGAACGUGGUAGCCGUGUGGUUCAUUAUCACUUGAAGGAUACAUUUGGGGGUUUAGUUCUUGCUGUUAUAGGGACUGAGAGGAGUAUAAGGCACAUGACAUAUGUAGUUUCUGACGAGUUUUUGGAAGCCUAUGGGUCCAAUGAGUCCCUCAAUGCAUCUACGAAAUGGAGAGCCCGGCGAGAAGUUGUGGACUGGUUGACAUCAAUGGUGUCAAAUGAAGGAUCCCCUCUACAUGUUUCAAAUGCACAGAUAAAUGGCUCAGCUCAAGGUUCAGGAUCUUUUGGAGUAUCAGUGACUGGAUUCAAUGCUUCGAAAACCUAUUUGCCAGUUCGGAUGGCUCGAAGCAAAUUGAAGGUUCAGAAUUCACACAUUAAGUGGUUUGGUGCGGCAUGGAUAUGUGCUAAAGAACUCAAGCACUACCCAGCCUUUUUCAGAAAUGGGACUACCAUAACUGUCCAUUCCUUCGUAUUUAUAAUGGCUGAAGAAAAAGGCCGCUACCUUGGAUACCUGGAAGAUAUGUAUGAAGACAAAAAGGGGCAGAAGAAGGUAAAGGUGCGGUGGUUUCACCAUAACCAGGAAGUCAAGGGUGUAAUUCCUCAACUGAAUCCACACCCCCAAGAAGUUUUCAUCACACCUAAUGUCCAAGUGAUCAGUGCAGAGUAUAUUGAUUGCCCAGCAACAGUCUUGACACCCCGACAUUAUGAUAAAUGUAUGGCUGGUGUUUCACAUACAUCAACAUCCGGUGUCCACAUGUGCUUUAGGCAGUUUAAAAACAACAAGAUCAAGCCGUUUGCUCUUACUAAAUUGCAUGGAUACUUCAAUCAAGCAAUCCUCUCUACUUUGGAUGGAUCUAUUGUCCCUAAGAAAAAGGUUAGGUACGAUAAUUUGUACAAGGAAGACGAGGAAGAAUUGACCCAUGAUUACCCUACCAGUGUAGGUAGCAAGAGAAGUAGAACAUCCAAGGAGCAAGACAGACUUGAGAGUGGAUCAGGUCUCAGAAACUGGGCCUGUGGAAACCAGAUAGCAAAAUGUAAAUCAGGAUACCCGAAACUGAAGCUACGGUUAUCAAAGGUUUCCAUGGGAAUUGAGUUUGUUAUACCCCAGUCCAAAUGUUCUGCUCCUUUCAAAGUGAAUGAAAAGAUAGAGAUGCUCUGCCAAGAUAGUGGGAUUCGAGGCUGCUGGUUUAGAUGUAAGGUGUUGCAGUCCUCUCAGAAGCAUCUGAAAGUUCAAUAUGAAGAUGUCCAGUAUGUGGAGGGAUCUGGAAAUCUAGAGGAAUGGGUCCCUGCUUCCAGAGUGGCUGCUCCUGAUAAACUUGGCAUGAGAUGUUUAGGUCGCAAGACAAUCCGGCCACAUCCUCAAAAUCAUUCUACUGACCAUAUUUUUGAGGUUGGAGCCCCAGUUGAUGCAUGGUGGAGUGAUGGAUGGUGGGAGGGUGUUGUAUCUGGAGUUGACAUCUCUGGGAGUGAUUGCCUGCAAGUUUACCUCCCUGGUGAAGGCAAGUUCCUGACUGUCCCAAGGAAGAAUGUGAGGAGUUCCCGAGAUUGGGUUGAUAACAGAUGGGUUGAUGUAAUGGCAAAGCCUGAUAUACUCCAUCAUCUAUCUGCAGAUGCCAUUUCUAUCAUCCAGCUUGAGGCACGAGGUUGUGAUACUGCUGCAUCACUGGAGCACAAAUUUGUCAAAACUUCCAGACUUGAAGCUAUUGAAGAAGAUGAACCCUUACCUGGUUCAGUUGUGUCUGGUGAUCUCAAAAAUGUUAAGGAGGUCUAUUUGAGACAGAGGCAUGGUGUAAAUGAGAAGGAUGAACUAAAAACACAUGGAGCUGUUGAUGAUGAUGAUGUUGGCGGUGAUUUUCAUCAUGAGGAGAAAGCGAACAAUGUUGCUAUCGCGGCUUAUGUUGACAAUGGUGGUGAAGAUAGCUCUGGCAAUAACACAGAGUUUCUUUUGGACGAAGAUCUUAAAUCUGUUAACAAGAUAAGUGAAGCAGCAAAAACUUUAUAAACGAUCACCCAAGUUCCAUUAAUAGAUGACAUAGCUAGAGUGAAGUUUUAACUGUGAAGGUGGGUUAGAUGGCUUCCUGUGUAUAAAGAUAGAGAAAGGGUUGUCACAGCUACAAGAGUCAGAUGACCUGCAAGUCUUCUCCAACUUCUAGAGAGUUGGCAGAUAUAUAGUAAUAUGAGCACCAACUUUUACUGAAAUCAACUUAGUGUCAGAAGAUGUUGGAUUUAGAACUUUGAUGGAAUCAAGUCAAGCUAGACAGUAGCUCAGUUCAAUCAUAGGAUAGUUUAUGAGUUGGUUUCAGUUCAAUCUUAAGAUAGCUUCAAGUGUCGGUUUGCACCAUGCAGUCAAUGCUGGUGAUGUAUGUGCAAUUUGAGAAUUGCUCUUUAGUGUCGUAUAGGCGUAUAUUACAGUAUGUGUUUGCAACUUUAUGAACUGCAUUUCAGUCAAAUAGGCUUAUGUUUUACAGUGUAGUUUUUAAGGUUUAGCUGUAAAGGUUACAAGGUUGUUUUUGUUUGGAAAAGAAAUAGAAAUGUAGUUGUUAUUUCA